AGACGCUUCUCACAUUACCGCAGUUUCACAAGCAUGUAGAGAACCUGGGGUGGUCUUUUCAUAAAAAAAGCAAAAGGCUCCCGCUAGAGCGUGUGUUUGGUUUGUUCUGGGCUACUGUAGUAACAUACCGGAGCAACGUGGCAGACUCCAUGAAGAGGACGUAUGUAGAUAUGAAGGGCUCAUGCCAAGCUAACGAAAACACAACAAUCCUAAAUUUCAGGUGAUAAUACACUAAUGAAAACAUAGUAAUGAAUAUUAUAUUCCCUCCUGAAAGGAUAUAGCUCCCCUAUGAUCUGGAUGUCUAGAUCGCCCGAAAUGUUACACACUGUUCCUUUUUUUUCAAUAGAAGUCUGCUGCAGAUUUUAGAGAGAGAAUCUCAGACAAGUACAGCAGGAUCCAUGUUGUGCUGGAUGGCGAUGAGCGUCUGAUGAUGCAGAUUAUAGACGCAGAAGAGAUGUACAUGACAGAGUGGCUGGAAGCCCAGAGGGGCGUCAUGGAGGCUCAGAUCACAGAGAUAGACGGCCUCAGAGCCUCCAGGAAAUCACUCCUCCGAGAAACAAAUGAGCUGCGAUUCCUACAGCAAAUCGCAGCACAGAAUCUUUGUGAACCGUUGGAUUUAGCACCAAUCCAGGAAGUAGACAAAGAUCUGUGUGACCUUGAAAAGCUGAGGACCGUAGAGAGGCUGGUGGAUGACCUCUCCGUGGCUCUGUCCCAACAUUUUCCACGAAUGUGGUCAUAUCUAAGUUCUCCCGUUCUGGACUCCAAGUCAGCCCAUCCCAAACUGGAAAUAUCCCAGGACAGGAAACAAGUGUCCUGGAGACGGCAACCUGUCAGUGAAGCUCGGAGCCCUCAGCCAUAUGACUCCCAGUACAGCGUCCUGGCUCAGGAGAGUUUCACUACUGGCUGCCACUACUGGGAGGUCAUCGUCCAGGAGAAACCUUACUGGCUAAUGGGUGUGACCACAGGGCCAGUCGAUAAAAAAGAUGCUCCAAGUCAGAGUUCCUCCAGCCUGGGUGUGAACAACACAUCCUGGUGCAUCUACCAUGCAGAUGGACAGUACUUGGCGUGCCACGACACCCAGGGGAAGCAGCUGUCAGUGGGAAAGAGAGUCAGGAAGCUGGGCAUACUGGCAAAUCUCCAGAAGGGGGAGCUGUCAUUCUACGACGCUGACGCCAUGACCCUGCUCCACUCCUUCUGUGUGCAGUGCACAGAGCCUCUCUACCCCAUGUUAAACCCAUGCAUUGAUGUGAACGGACUGAACACGCAGCCACUUACCAUGUUUUGGAUUAAGGAGCCCUGGGAUUGGCAAGGAAACACAAAUGAGGGCAAUGAGUAAACUUGGGAGGCCAACCUUAUCUGUGUUGUGAACAAAGAUUGAAGAUUCACUGAUUCACAAUUUCCAUUUUUUAUUCCAUUCUUGCUCACAUUAGAGCAACAAAGUGUAACAUUUCAGGGGAUCUAUUGGCAGAAAUGGAAUAUAAUGUUCAUAACUAUGUUUUCAUUAGUUAAACUAAGAAUUGUUGUGUUUUUGUUAGCUUAGAAUGAGU